CAACUCACCUCUGUGCCUAAUUUUAGUGGAUUGUCCUGUUAAAAGGAUUUGGUAGUGGUCCUGCGACACCGCUGACCUGAUGGCAGUGCUGGUGGUUGUGGUUGUGGUGGCUGUGUUGGCUGUCACAGCUGGUGCAGCCACAGCGAAAGCAGACCCUCCGCUAAUCAAGUGGUCGCAGACGGCUCAGGCCUUGAAGCUUCACAUCACUCACAGCUGCCCUACCGCUCCCACGGCUGUCUUUGAGCGUGCAACCUUGCUCCUCACGUGUUCCGAUCUUGAGGAAGCUGGAAUAACGCUGGAGCUGCGCGAGGACAUUGUGGCUGAAAAGUCCGAGUGCCACCCGGUCUCAGCCACGAAAUUGUCCUGCAGCCUGACCAAAGAGAUACCUCACGCCUUUGACCGCCUCGAAGAGAACCCAACGGCAUUCUCAGGGCGCAUCGUUGUGGACUGGGAGAGCUUUGAUGACAGCCUCAUUGACGAGACAGAGAGCGGGGAAGACGCAGGUGUACUGUAUGCGGACACCCGCGUCACGCCGCUGUCCACCUCGGUGCUGCAAGCGAACCCGAGCUUUGUUGUGGUGGACGCCGAUCUUGGUUGGUGUCGUGCGUGCAAUCCAGCGAGAAGGGCAUUUGUUAGGGUUGCUCGGCGCUUCCAUGAGCAGCGGGAUGACGUGGUGUUCGCCCAUGUUGACCUUGUGGACAACCGGGCAUUGCGCCACAGCCUCAACAAGACGUGUGACGGCCAAUGUGUGCUGCACAUCUACAGCCGCGACACGUCGCAGCCGCGGGCCAUCUCGUUUGAUGAUGAGGAGGAUGUGCUGUACGAGCGCGUGUCGCUGUACACAUCUGCUCCUUUCAAGGACUUCUCAUCCCCCGCGCAGGUCUUUGAUUCGCUCAUCGAGCACAAAUCGUCCGUUCCCGCGCCGUGGCAAGAGCGCCGAAAGACUGUUGCAGUUGUGGGCGUGUUUGGCAGUGCUGAUACUGCACACAAGAGCGCCUUCACGCAAUGGGGUGCAGCCAACGCCACACGCGAACUCUUCAUCCUGGGUCUUGCCACCAGCGUUUUCCAUGACAUUCAGCCGCCCGCGGUUGUUGUGUUUCGCAGCGAAGAUGGCGACUAUGAGUCGCUCUCCGGUGACGCCAUUCUCUCCACCAACCUCACGCACUGGGCCCUCAUCAGAACGCUGCCGCCUGUCGUCAAGUUCACGUGGACGUCGCGCGAAACACUCGAGCGCUCUGGUCUUCCUGUUGCCCACCUCUUUGUGCAGGACGCACAAGCAAAGCAGCAGGCACGCGCUCUCUUGCAAAGCGUGGCUGCAAGCUACCGUGAUGCAAUCACCUGUACAUAUGUCACAUCAGAGUUUCCAGAAAUUCGCGACGACUAUGGCAUCCAUGAAAGUUCCCUGCCCGCGUUUGGCAUUGCAGAGAACGCCUUCCCACAAAGCGCUCGCUAUCCCCUUAUCACGAAGAGUUUGACACAAGCAGAGGUUGCCGGCUUCGUGUCGCGGUUUCUUGCGGGCGAACUGACGGCAGCGCCCAAGACAGAGGCAGGCGACACGUCGUUUGAACCAGGACACUUGGCAAAGGUGUCUCUGCGUACAUUUGAACCGUUUGUGGAUGGAGAUCGAGACGUGCUGCUGUUCUUCUGCCACGAACUUCACCCGUCUUGGCAGAGGGCGCGUGCUAUACUGCAAGAGACUGCACACGUGCUGUCGGCGAGUGGCGCGAUCAUCGGUGUGUACAACAUUGGCGGGAAUGCGCCCCCGCCGGGUCACGGCCAGCGCUUCAACGCUGCCAACCUCAAGGGGUUUCUCUGGACCCACACCAUGGACCACACUGCCCGACCAAAGGCGUACACGGGCUCCAUCAAGCGCUCUCGCAUCCUCAAGUGGCUCAAGGCGAAUGUGCCCGCGGUGAAGAAGACUUGGGCUCAAAUCCAGGCAAACGUCAAGGAGUUGAAAGCGCAGACGGGAGAAGAGAAAGCGAGAAAGCGGGGCGUAUUCCAGGAGUUUGUGGACCAGCUGUCCCACUUGAGCCACGAGGCCUUGACGCAGGAUGGCGGGGUUGUCAAGCACGUCAUCCACCCUGGUUCCGGCAAAUUCCUCACCCCAGGCUCCACAAUCACCGUCCACAUGAUUGGAUCGCUGCCCAAUGGCACGGUCUUCGAAAACACCAUGGACGACGGUGUGCCCUACAUGUUCAAACUCGGCACGGGCAUGGCGAUCCGCUGCUGGGACAUUGGCGUCUCCAGCAUGUCGCUCGGUGAACGAGCGUACAUUACGUGUGACAGCGAGUAUGGGUACAGCAAGGUUGACACGCCGAAAACUAUCCCGCCGCACUCGCCCGUGCGGUUUGAGAUUGAAGUGAUUGAAUCUGAGCCUGCGCAACGAGAGGAGCUUUGAUGUAUGAUACCCAUCAUCCCGCUCUGUGGUUCACCGUGGCAAGGGCGGUAUCCGUCCGUGGCAAUUGUCUCAUCAUCCUUGCUCGUCGUGACAAGCUUCACCUCCUCCCAGAAUAGGAAUUGCUUGCCUUGGUUGAUGUGUUUCCUGUCAUGUUAUGUGCGGCAGAGGUAUAUUUUGGCAGUUACGCUGCUUGCGUGCUUUCCUCGGCUUGCAGCCUUCUUCCUCUUGAGUUACCAACAUCAACGCCCCUUCAACCCCAGCAACUGCGUGGGUUACGCGGAAUGCAUCAGCGUCACUCGAGGCAGUACAGCGCGUGGGUGCUCGCAUGAACCAGCCCACUGACAUCAAAAGUCCACGUUACACUUGAAGGGAACAAACUGUGAAGUGAGUGGGGCUUGCACGAACAAACACGCAAGACAUAAAACAUGUUCAGUGCACCUCACGCCGACAGCCACAUGAACCCAAG